AUGACGUCACCAUCAGCCCUGGUCGACGGCGAUUGGCCGGCGUUCGCGGUGACGUCAGACGGCGGACUGGUCUACGUCUGGCGGCCGGACCAGCUCGUGCACGCCCAAUCACCCGUCGUGCUGACGCUGGUGACGUCACUGGAGCAGGUCGAAGCCUCGACGCCGCCAGGCGAUGAGGCGAGUGCGCCAGUGACGUCGGAGGGACAUGCGGAGGGCGUGGUGGUGCCAGAGGACACGGCCGCCUGGACCGGAAAUAUCACCGUCCUCGUCUGGCUAACGGACGGCGACGACGCCGUGUGUGGAGAUGACGUCCAAAGCGGCGCCAAAGCUGGCCGUGAAAUGUGCGCCUCAAAAUACCGGGAGAACGAAUGCACGAGCACGUGCGGCGCCGGCGCCAACGACACGUGCUCAUGGCGCCCGGCAGCGAAGCACCUGACGGAGCUAUACGGCACGUGCAGCCCGGACCUGGACACGUGUCCGGACGGCACGUGUGACCCGCUGGAGGAGCUCUCGAGCGCCAUCUGUCCGCAGGACUGUGCCGCGGACAGUCAGGAGGGCAUCUUCCUGAGGCUGCCGGCGGCCGGGCGGGGCAUCAAGCUCGGCCGGGGCGUCUGCUUCUGUCACUCGGUCGACUCGUGCGUCUGCUCGCCGUCCGACCAUCUGCCGCUCGACUCCAAUGUCUCCGAACCGGACGGAGGCAGCGGCCACGCACCCCACCCCGAGCCAGUGGACGGCAUGAAUUGCGGCACCAGCUGCAUCGUCGGCAUCACUUUGGGCCUGGUGUUGCUGCUGGCUCUCAUCUUCUUUGGGCUCAUGGCCUACGACACCAGGUGCGGCCGACCGAAGAAGCUGCAGAAGGACCCGCUCGCCGCCGGCAUCUCGCUCUCGCUUAUCACUGCCGACAUGGACAUGACUGUCAACCCGCCCGCCGGCCUGACGGCCAGCGCGCAGUACUCCGUCACCACCCAGUUGCUGGAGGCCAUACCGAUGCCUUGCAUCCGCCACCCCAUCCUCAUCCGGCCUCGCUACAUCCCGUAUUGA